AUGUACAGCAGAAGAACUAUAGUUAUUGAAGAGGUUGAAGGUUGGCCCGGGAAUGGGCGGGCUGCAGCGGUGGGAGCCCCCGGGGACCAGUUGGGAGAUAGGAACAGCUCGAUCCAUGCAUUGUUGGACAUGACCAGAACGCAGUCCAUCUUGAUGGAGGCCACGAGGGAGUUGCACGAUCUCACAGAACAGAUAGAUACUUAUCAUCAGAACUUACCUCCGUCAGAGGACGUCAUGAUGAAUUUGCCCCGCAUGUUGGGUCUUCUCAUGGAGAGCAGAGAGAGGGCAAAGAGACUGUACAGGGAGACCCUGUCCAUCAAGACGGCCGAGUUUACCUGUGAUGCGCAGAGACUGUUUGAUGAGUUGCAGCAAGAAAUUUUGCGGACCGAUGAGAUGCUGUCACUGUACCGUGGAAGAGGUACCUAUCAUUAG